GUUCCCGCUCCGCGAGGAACCUGUUAGCGCAAGUUAGCUUCCUCCGCUAGCCGCGCGCGCAGCUAACGCUACAAAAAAAAACCAAAACAAAUGUCCGUACCACUUUUUCGCGUCGAAGACACCAUGGCGAGCCGCCGCUCCUUCCACUUGAAACUGUCCUCCAUCAUGGAGGCGAUGGCCAGGUCCGCCCUGAGGCACGUCUGCGACCUGGUGGACGAAGAAGUGUCCGAGCUCCGGCUGGGCUUAACGCGGCUGACGGCUUCCAAUUCCGCCCUGGUAGAGAAAGUCAAAUGUCUGGAGUGCGAGUUGCAGACUGCCAGGAGCAAACUGUCCGUGUCUGCGUCGCCCUCCAUAGAAGGGGUCUUCGGGAAAGAUUGGUGUAUGGAUCUGUGGAAAGGAGGAGAGGAACGCUCGCCCCCUCCGCGGCCCUCCGAGGAGUUUGUGCUGCCCGAGCAGAUGAGUGCGUCUCAGAUCAAAGAGGAGAUGGAGCAUGUGGAGGAUGCCGCUGGGAGCUGCCAGCACGAAACACUUGGCACAGAAGAGCACGAAGAAAGCCCGGCUGAGGAACCAGAGCCGCUUGCAGUCUGCUUGCAGUCUACUUCCAGCCGCUCAGCGGAUCAGGACGAGGAACAGGUCUCGUGCGCAGGGGGUAUUGAAGAACCGACAACUGGGCUGAUGUCUGUCGCUGACACAGAGCGGGCCUUCAGCAUUUACACCAUUCCGAAGGAAGAUGAUUAUGACAAGGAUGAGGCUGUACCAUUUGUUGAAGAAAGUCAACAAGCGGCAACACUGGAGGCUGCAUGUGGGACCAGGCACGUCAAACAGGACACGGUACCUUCUAACAACUUUGAAAACGGCACCGCUCGGGAUUCCCUCGAGGACUUCAAUAUGCUUAAUGUGGAAACCCCCCCGGACCCAAGCAAAGAAAAGUUCCAAUGUAAAUUAUGCGACAUAACCUUCUUCCACAAGCGCACUCUAACCCAACACAUGAAGUACCACAAGUCAUUAUCUUGCAAAAUUUGCACGCAACAAUUCUCUCAAAAGUCCAAGUUAAAGUCUCACCGUUGCUCGGACGUGAUUUCCACUCAGAGAUUCGGCAAAUCGUGUCCGCUGUGCGGGAAGAUUUUUCAAAACGCAUCGGCGCUGAGGCUUCACUCUGUUGUCCACACCGGGGAGAAAUCGCAUAGGUGCGGCAUAUGUGGGAAAGGGUUCACCCAGAAAGGCAAUCUGAAUUGUCACCUCCGUCUCCAUACUGGAGAGAAACCAUUUCGCUGUGUUAAAUGUGGGAAGACAUUUACGCAAAAGGUCCACCUCAACUACCAUUUAAUAUAUUACGGGCAUGGCGAGAUCCUGUAGCUACGCUUAAAACCUGUGCGACAACGGCUUCAUUUAAAUGCAACGUCAUGUGCUACUUCUCACACCAGUGUUGGGGCAGUUAAUGUCAUAUUUUUCAAGAAGUUUAUUCAACCUUUAUUUGAAUUGAUGUCUUUGUUUGUUCAAACCUGAAAAGAAUCAGUGUUUAUCAGUUUUGUCCGCAGGGCUAAAAAAUGUUUUAGUUUCCUCAUCUGUCCUCACAAUAAAACACGUUUGUUUUUAUUCGA